AAAACUCCUCCCUUUUUUAAAACCAAACUCUAAACAGGAAGCAGUUAGCCAGAAGGUUAUCGGCUGAACACAGAAGCGAGAGCAAAUAACGUUACAUUUCGCCCCGUGAUAAUGGCGUUUGUUUUUUAUUUUGGCAACAGUUCAGUGAGGUAUAUCUCCACUUAAGAAGAAAAUACAGUCUUGGCGAAUCCCAUCAAACUAGCUAACUAAUGUAAAAUUAAAAAUAAAAAUAAAAAGCAAGUUGCCCCUGAAGAGCUAACAACGUUAGCCAUUUUCUUUGUUAAUUGGCUGGCUAGCGAGCUGAAACGUGUACCGGGCUACAUGUCAAUUUCCUCUUUGUUUGCAAGCCUGUGUGUCUAACUAACUAUUGAUGUAACUAGGUAACAAGCGAACUAACGUUAACGACCAAUGAGUUACGAGGUGAUUGUGCAGGUCAGGCGUACACGGUAUAUCGUUUUUUCUGACCGGGGUCGUAUGAACAUCCCUGGUCUGUGUGCUGCAAGGAGCAGCUGUUGAGGAGUUCCCGGAUAAAUCCUCAUUGUCAUUGACGUCCAUCUGUGGAACUAAUUGUCUCUAUUUUCUACUUGAGACGAGUCUGAUAGAAGAACAAGAACAUCUACAGACAAACCCGUGUUCGCAUCCAGGCGGUUGUCAUGCACCUGUAAUCCACUUCCUGUCAGCCAGACAGCCGGGCCCAGCCACCCAGACCCAGCCACAGAGCUCCGGUCCAGUGGGUCCCCAUGGAGCCCAGUAAUGACGUAGCGUUGGAUAUCAUUAUCACCAAUGUGGUGGCUGUAUUCAGGACACGCUGCCACCUCAACCUGCGCACCAUCGCUCUAGAGGGGGUCAACGUAAUCUAUAAACCUGAAUAUGGGAAAGUCCUGAUGAAACUCCGCAAACCCAGGAUCACCGCUUCCAUCUGGUCUUCAGGGAAAAUCAUCUGUACCGGCGCUACCAGCGAGGAUGAGGCUAAGCAGGGAGCCCGGAGGUUAGCCCGCACCCUGCAGAAACUGGGCUUCAAGGUGAGGUUCUCAGAGUUCAAGGUGGUGAAUGUCCUGGCAGUGUGCUCCAUGCCCUUCGCCAUCCGACUCAUCGACUUCACCAAGAACAACCGGCCCAUCGCCAGCUAUGAGCCAGAGCUCCACCCCGCUGCCACCUACAGGAUCAAAACCCUCAAGGCCACCGUCCAGGUCUUCUCUACCGGCAGCCUUACCAUCACAGGACCAAAUGUGCAGGCUGUAGCCACGGCUGUAGAGCACAUCUACCCCAUGCUGUUAGAGUGUCAGAAACCCCUCCGCAAAUAACACACACGGGAAAAACAAGAACGAAAUGGAGAGAGAAAGACAGAGGCUAAAAAGCACCUCAUCCAUUGGAUGCAUUGUAUUAUCCUCAACUUGUCUGCCCCGGCAACAGUCUGGGCCUUUGUCCUGAUUGGCUGGAUUUGUCCAGGAAGUCAGAAAGGCAGCUUCCGUCCUCCUACUGUCCAAUGACCUGUUGUCUUGGUGACAGCUACGCCCUCUGAACUUUGACCCUGGAUGACCUCUACAGGAUGACCUCUAACCUUUCACCUUUAGCAGCCAGCCAGCCAGCCAAUGAUGGCUGCUCCAGUGACUGAUUCACACUAGAAGGGGCGGGACUCUCCAAGCCAACCAUGAUUCCUUAUUAUUUUAGAUUUGAUGAUGUCACGGUUGUGUUCCAAAUGGCAGCCUAUUCCCUAUAUAGUGUACUACUUUCAUGGGUCCUGGUCUAAAGUAGUGCACUAUGUAGGGAAUAGGGCUCUGGUCUAAAGUACUGCACAGGGCUCUGGUCUAAAG